UAAGGACUGAUUCACGGUCCUCUCUUGAACGCAAACAACAGCGGUGUCCGUCCGGGCGCUGCAGUCAGAUUUGUGGCCGCCCAGCACGACAGGUCGCCUCUGCGUACACAUUUAAUUCGGCCUUCAUUGCGAUUUACAGUGUAAAUAUACGGCGUGGUCUGAUUUUUAGUGCAGCUAAAAAUCGUAACCCCUACCGAUAAUUUAAAACAUCGGCGAGCUUUUCGAAGUCAACCAGUCAGCUAACGACGACAGUUAGCAGGUGGUUAGUAUGGUUUUCAGGCAGCGCAGUCGGGGGUGCUGUGCCAGUCGGGGCAUCAAUAUGACGGUUUUGCUCGGCGGUUAUUAAGUAGGGAGCUCGGAGCUACGAAUUACUGGAUUGUCAAGAACUUCAUUUGACUAAAGCAAAUAGUCUUGCAUGUGGUGCUAAUAUUAACGUUACGGAUUCUUCGUCGGAACAUCGCGGAUGUGAGCUUUGCUUGGUGAAGACGGGUGAUAGUGUUAGCUAGCCCGUCAGCUGGCUAACUCAACCCUAAACUUUUUGCACAGACACUUGGACAGCUAUUGCUUUGGUUGAAGAGGACUUCCAGAUUUAGGUGCUGAUGAGCUACCGUCUACCACACUUCACUGUAAUUGUAUUUGGCUUAAACGGGGACCCUCUGGAUUUUACCACUUGGCCUAACUUGGAAUCCCCGGACUCGAUUUAUACAAUCUUUUUAAGUGGCUACGAAAAAAACUGAGCGUUAGACGAGCCCGGCUUUUUCGUUAAGUUCGGUUAUGUAGCCAGUUACCCUUGUUUGUCGCCAGUGGUGUCUGUACCGACUGAGUCUCAUAUUUAUCUUCAGUGCUUCUUGAGAAAUUGACGUAAGAGACAUAGCUAGUAACGUUAGCUUAUUAGCUUACGUUGAAUUGUCAAGCUAUCUAGCUACAUUCAUUUGUUACAGUUUGUAGCAAACUUGGCUAGCAGUACAUUCAAUAGGAAAGCGAUUCGAUAUCCUCGCACAAUUUUUAACGUGAAAAACAAACCUCCACAGCUGUUUCACACUGAGAGCCAGCUAAUUAUGACUUGACUAGCCGGAUUCACCAGCCCUGCUGUGCUAGCUUGUGAACUACUUCAGAGCACAGCUGCUAGCUAAAGGUAGCUAAGAGUUAGCUGAACUGGCUGUGGACUUCGGACAGUUGAACACCGAUGUCACAUUUGACUGAAUUUUGAGAGCCGUGAACUCAUUCCCAAUUUGAAAAUCCAAAAUGACGACGCGGACUCCAGUGCUACCGGUGAUUGAACAUUCGAGUAGCCAGGCUCACUCUGACUCAAAGGCCGGGGGCCGCUCCAACAUGAACCGCGGCCGAAACCCGCAGGCCACCACAUCAGACGAUCAGCCACACAUCGGUAAUUACCGGCUGCUGAAGACCAUUGGAAAGGGCAACUUUGCCAAGGUCAAGCUGGCUCGACAUGUCCUCACUGGGAAAGAGGUGGCUGUGAAAAUCAUAGACAAGACUCAGCUCAACUCCUCCAGUCUCCAAAAGCUAUUUCGAGAAGUUAGGAUCAUGAAGCUGUUGAAUCACCCAAAUAUUGUGAAAUUAUUUGAAGUGAUAGAGACGGAGAAGACCCUUUACCUGGUUAUGGAGUAUGCCAGCGGAGGAGAGGUGUUUGAUUACCUCGUUGCCCAUGGCCGAAUGAAAGAGAAAGAAGCCCGAGCCAAAUUUAGACAGAUUGUAUCAGCGGUUCAGUACUGUCAUCAGAAGUGCAUCGUUCAUAGAGACCUCAAGGCCGAAAACCUACUCCUGGAUGCAGACAUGAACAUUAAGAUUGCUGACUUUGGCUUUAGUAAUGAGUUCACUCUGGGCAACAAACUGGACACGUUUUGUGGCAGUCCGCCUUAUGCAGCUCCAGAGCUUUUUCAGGGGAAGAAGUAUGAUGGCCCAGAGGUGGACGUGUGGAGUUUGGGAGUCAUCUUGUAUACACUGGUCAGUGGUUCGCUGCCGUUUGAUGGACAGAACCUAAAGGAGCUCCGUGAACGUGUUCUAAGAGGCAAGUACAGAAUCCCCUUUUACAUGUCCACAGACUGUGAGAACUUACUGAAGAAAUUCCUUAUUCUCAACCCAACCAAGAGAGGCAGCCUUGAGCAGCAGAUCAUGAAGGACCGGUGGAUGAACGUGGGCUAUGAAGAGGAGGAGCUGAAGCCCUAUGUUGAGCCCCAGCCUGAUUACAAGGACCCCAAGAGGACAGGUCAGCACCCCAGCAGUGCAGGGGGUUGGAAGAGAGACAUUAUGCUGCAGAUGGGAUACUCUCAAGAUGAGAUACAAGACUCACUCGUCAACCAGAAAUAUGACGAAGUCAUGGCAACAUACCUAUUACUGGACUAUAGGAAUUCCGAGCUGGAUGAACUCUCAAUAAAACCCCGUCCAAGCAUUGACCUCACAAACAAUGCCCAGUCUCCUUCUCACAAGGUACAACGCAGUACCUCCAAUCAGAAGUCCCGCAGAUCUGCAGAGCAAAGUUCAUCUGCCUCAUCCAAGCACUCUCAGGGGGAUAGCAAGCACGUGGCUGAAGAAUACGGGAGAAAAAGCUCAGGCAGCUCGGCUAAAGUUCCACCAAGCCCUCUGGCUACAGGCGACCGCAAGAAAACUCCUACCCCCUCCACUAACAGCAUCCUCUCUACUGGUACAAGUCGUGGGAGGAACUCCCCUGUUUCUGAGAGAUCUACUCUGGGUGUGCAGAACGGCAAGGACAGCUUGAGCACCCCAGGGUCCCGCGCCUCUACCGCCUCGGCAGCUGCUGUCCUAACUUCCUCUUCCUCUUCCCGCCCCCGUCACCACAAGUCCCUGUCCACCUCGGCCCACCCCAACCCCCCAGACCUCCAUGCACAUCGGCCCAGCACCGGCCCACAAAGAGUUCCAGUGGUGUCUCCUUCAACCCACAACAUAAGCAGCUCCACGGUAGCAGACCGCACCAACUUCCCCAGAGGAGUGACAAGCAGAAGCACUUUCCACGCCGGCCAGCAAAGAGCCACACGAGACCAGCACGCCUCAGCCUACAACGGACCCCCAGCAUCCCCCUCCCUCUCCCAUGGGAACAGCCAGGCUCGCCGCCCUGGUACAGGCAUUUUCAGCAAAUUCACCUCCAAAUUUGUACGCAGAAAUCUCUCAUUCAGAUUCCCCAGAAGGAGUCCGUAUGAGGGAGAGGGUCGAGAUGAGGCCAGCAGACCCAUGUUGAGCACGGCGGACAAGAUGGAGAAAGGUACCCAGGGUUCAGCGGGUGACGACAACAAAGACUCUGUGUCUUCCUCCUCCCCAGUGUCCAGCACGCCUUCGUCCACCCAGUCCUCAAAGGACACCAAGCCCCGGUCGCUGCGCUUCACCUGGAGCAUGAAGACCACCUCCUCCAUGGAGCCCAACGAGAUGAUGAAGGAGAUCCGCAAAGUUCUGGACUCCAACAGCUGCGAGUAUGAGCUCCGCGAGCGCUUCAUGCUCCUCUGCAUGUCAGGAAAGCCAUCCCGCGACGACUUCGUCCAGUGGGAGAUGGAGGUGUGCAAGCUGCCCCGUCUUUCCCUCAAUGGGGUGCGCUUCAAACGGAUCGCGGGCACCUCCAUUGCCUUCAAAAACAUCGCCUCCAAGAUCGCCAACGAACUAAAACUGUGAGCAUGUUUAACCCGAUCGGCGGAAUAGGAUAAGACUGAACUGUGAGUGAUGUGAGGGGCUCUAGCCCUAAAGUAGGGAGUGAGGAGAUCAAGCAAACUUUGCAUGGGACAGUGGACAGCAGUGGACAAGCUCAGAGAUGUGGCAGAGGAGAGUUUAAAGACUGUAAAUGAUACUAGAGGGUUGGGACAGGUUGAUGGGGGAGGUUUGUGUGUAUAGACGUUUUGAGGGCCUUCUUUUUGGUAGGUGGUGUUUUUUCUUGGUUUGGGUUUUCUGUCCCUACAUCAUCCCCCACCUACUUUUGUUGUCUUUUAUUUGUGGCGGUUUUGUUUGUUCCCAGUUUUGUGUUUUCUUCUUGAUCCUCAGUCAUAUUCUGUUCGAAGAGUAAAACGGAGAAAGGAAGUUGUUGUAAUUAAUGAAAACUGUUUGCUGGUGGUUCUUGUAUUACAAACUCAAACCAGCUACUGUCUCAACACGCUGUAAUUCCCCAUACCCUGCUCCCUAACCCCAGACACCAUCUAUGGUAAAGCUCCACAUUACUUGAUUUUCUUACUUUCAAUUCCAGGUUACCUGGUGAUGAACAGAGAGAGAAGACUGGUGGUUUGACACUCUGAAUGUACAACACAGUUUGUGAUGAGUAUUUGAGACUAAACUGCUUGGCACGCUCAGUAGAGCCAUAGCUGAAAUUGAAAAUUCAUCAUGCUCUGAAUGGCUCUAAUACUCUAUCCCACAAUAAAGUCUACAUCACGGUAAUGUGUCUUAUCCGAUCUGAAAUGGAAGUGCGGACUUGAACCCUCAGUGCUCUAGAGGUGAAUCACCUCUCUGCACUCUCAGCCCAAACAAUUAGGUUUUUCCUGCUGCAGGGGUCAUAUAUCAGAAGCUAAUUAAGGGCCAAUUAAGUAAUUAUUGGUGGAUUGUAGUGUAAUUAAGAGUUGCUGGUUGGUUUCAAUGUGCUGCACUGGAAUGAGUCUGUGUUUUGUUGCCUUUCUCUGGAGAAGAUAAUAUUAUUAUAAGAAUAAACAAAGUUGAAUGA